CGCAGCGGAGCCAUAAUUAGAUCCGGUUUGGACCGGACUCAGGCUUAUUCGACUAAUAAAGUAUCUGCCUCGAGCAAGCCUUGAGGCGUGCCAUAAUGGUUUUAUAUAAAUGAUGUGGGCCCAUAUUUUACUUGUUCCCACUGUUUAUUGCAAAUCGCGAUGACUCCGAGGAAAGGCAACUCAUCGAAGGGUUCAACUCAAGAAAAUCACACAUCUAGUCAAGCAACAGCUACUGGAAGCUCGCAUCGGCCCCGUAGCUCAAUCGGUCAGUUUCUGAAGAAGCUCAGGGAAGAUGCGAAAAAGUUGAAGCCGCGCUUGAGGGAUUCUCGCAGCCUUAGCCCUGCUCCCCUAAGUGAUGAACCUUUAUCGACCCCGAACACCGAGGCCGCUCCGUCUGUUGUGGAAGGGGAAGCUGAUACCGAAUCGGCACUUCAGGAUGCACAAGAGGAUGUAAAGCACAUUCAUCUACUUUCGGGACCUGUGACAACUGCGGCGUCUGUUACCAAAGGUGCACAAGAGGAUUUGCAUGAUGCUAGCAGUUUCCAGGAGACGUAUCUCCAACCCCUCAGGAUAUUCGACGAUGUCAUUGGGAAGAUCGCGGAUCUACAUCCAUAUGCAAAGAUGGCAUUGGGCGUGUUAUCUUGGACAGCCAAAAUUAUUCUAGCUCAAGCGGAUCGCGACAAAGAAACACUUGCACUUCUCAAGAAGUUGUGUGACAUUUACGACUUCAUGACACAAGACGAGAAGCUUAACCAAAAACUGUCUAUGCGUGCUAUUAGUGUCCUCGGAAAGAUAUCUAAGCAGAUCCGUGAAUGCGCCCAUUUCAUUAGCAAUUAUUUGGAGACUAGC